AUGACGACAUUUUCGACAUUGGAUGCGUUGACGAGUCUAACCCAAUCCAUACCGGAUUGGAACAAACGACUAGACGACUUAAACGGCCAAAUAGCUUUACGACAAAUCGAGCUUGCCCGCUUGACAGAUCACAAACCUGCACGCUCCGUGAAAAACAAAGGUUCCACCGAGUCACUACGACCCAAAGAUGGCGAAGAAGGCAUCACCGAAUCCGAAAAGCCCAAGCAAACCCCCUCAUCUCCCAUCGGCUCCCCCAAAUCCGCACAAAAUGGUUUCUCCUCCGAAGCCCGUCCCAAUUCCCCAUCCGUAGCUCGAGCUGCCGCUGCCGCCGCCCUCGAAUACAAUCAGUCCCCCUCUCAAGCAGCCCCCCAAUCGCCCGAGCCCCUUACUCCGCGAGCAUCUCCCAACGCUCUAACUCGGCAAUCCUCGCAACCUACACCUCCCACGGAACCCCUCCCACGAGCCCCCGCCGUCCUUCGAAAACGCAAAACGGAAUCCCUCGCAUCGGGAAACUCCCACGCCCCAAAAUACAGAACCAGAUCCAUGAUCAUAGUAUACUACGACAGCGCGGUCCAGACGGCUUUUGAAGAACUCGUCAAAUUUGUGAGCGGCAACCGGAACGCCAUGCGAAAGGGGAAGAUGGCCGCCAAAAUGGCCGAGAUGAGACGAGCUGCCGAAAUGGAAGCCGAAGAAGAAGAAAGCGAUGACGAAUCCGAAUCCGAAGCGUCAAAAGUAUUGGGCAGUGCGUUGCUCAAGCCUUCGUUGCAACCUCACGCGGGCGCGGACUCCACUUCCAACGGCGCAAAUGGAGAUGCGCGCGCGGGAGCCAAACUCAAAUUCCCAUCUUCGCGAAAGAUGGGUUCGACGCGCGACCGCAAGAAUAUUGGAAAGACGAUGAAUGUGUUACGGGGGUAUCGUCGAGCCGGUGGGGGAAUCGAGGGAGCGGGAGGAAACUCCCCAGAUAUUUUUGAUGAGUUGGAUAAGGGACUUGAAUGGUGUCAGGGACAGUGCGAACACGCUGCUCACCAAUUCCUGCGCGAUGGAGAGUGCAGUACGGAGAUUGAGAAUAUUAAAAGGAGAUUGGGAGAAGUGAAGGAGAUUGCGGAGAGGAAGAUUGAGAAGUUGAGAGCCGAGGAGGCGUUGCUGCAAGUGGAAGUGGAAAAGAAGAAUGAAAAUGAUGGUUCGAAAGAGCAUCCAGAUGGCAAUGGAUCGAAAUCUCUUCCAGCCAUAACUCCUGUCUCGAAUGGACCAGUAGAGUUGGAGGUGGAUGAUGCGAUGGAAGUAGACGAUGACGAUGACGAUGAUGAUAACGACGGGUUUGAUCCGAGGAAAUUGAUCUUUAAGCGAUCCGGGGAUAGGAUAUAG